CCGUCUGCCUGCCUUGCAAUUCGAUCGCUCUGCAAAACCUUGAAGUUCGUCUGAAUCGCACUUUGAACAACUGACGUCGAGCGAAUCUGUUGCCAGGCAGGGAUCUACUGCUCACUCUGGUUGUUGCUCUGCCAUCCUCCUCCUUCCUCUGUCUGUGGUUCUGCCAAGCAAACUGCUCAAGCUGAAGCACCCCCGUGUCCGGUGAUGGUGGCUGGAAAGUGAACUUACUUUCACACUUCACCUCUUCAAUCCAAGAUUUCUUGUUCCUCUGCUGGAUUUCGGGCGGUCAUUCAUGAAGGGAUUCUUGCGACCUUUAAGUCGACUCGGCAGCAUCAGGCGCUAUGCUGGCCCUUUUGCCCGAUCAAAGCUGCAACUUGAUGGGGUGAAGGAUGUUAUUGCUGUUGCUUCUGGGAAAGGAGGUGUGGGCAAGUCUACUACCGCUGUAAACUUGGCUGUUGCCUUGGCUAAAAAAUGCAAUUUGAAGGUGGGUUUGCUUGAUGCUGAUGUCUAUGGGCCAUCUGUGCCUAUGAUGAUGAAGAUCGACCGCAAGCCGGAUAUCACUGAAGAUUCAAGCAUGGAAGAGACAGGCUAGAAAGAAAAGAGAGUUAGGAUUCCACAGAAAAGGCGACAAUAGAGACACUGAUUAUAUUAACUGACGAAGACAAAAAGAUGAUUCCGAUUGAGAACUAUGGAGUUAGGUGCAUGUCCAUGGGAUUUCUUGUAGAGCAAGAUGCACCCAUUGUUUGGAGAGGCCCCAUGGUGAUGAGUGCUCUUGAGAAAAUGACUAGGGGAGUCAGUUGGGGAAAGCUUGAUAUUCUCGUGGUAGACAUGCCCCCUGGCACUGGCGAUGCUCAGCUUACUAUAACUCAAAGCUUGCAGUUAUCAGGUGCAGUAAUUGUUUCAACUCCACAGGAUGUUGCAUUACUGGAUGCUCGAAGAGGAGUUAAAAUGUUCUCUAAAGUCGAGGUUCCGAUUCUUGGGUUCAUAGAGAACAUGAGCUGCUUCAAGUGUCCACACUGUGCUGAACCUUCAUACAUUUUCGGUAAAGGGGGAACUCAAAGGACAGCUGAUUCAAUGGGACACCAUUUCAUCGGCGAGAUCCCCAUAGAAGUGGAUAUCAGGACGUGCUCGGACAAUGGUACCCCUAUCGUAAUAUCAUCACCUGAUUCUGGCGUCUCGCGAGCCUAUUGUGAAGCUGCCAGGAGUAUAGUUAAAACACUAGAGGAACUGUCAAAGGGUACAACCUUCCAACCGGAGAUUAAUCUGUGAAAUUGCUCUGAUUCCAGGAGCACCCAUUUCCCUGUGAUCUGGAAUCCUGAAGUCUGUAACUGUAGCCUUCUGAUGUAGCCAUUUUCUUCUGCUUGAGGAUACAUUACAGUAUUCGACUUGGAUCAUCUUUGAGUCAAGCAAACAUUGAGAGUUCUUAUAACAAGCAAUCAUAUCUUUCACAAACUUGAGAACAAAAACAUGACAAAAAUAUCUAACUUUUGAACAUGGACGAUCAUCACGAAGGAAAAUUACGGCGUCGUUUCACUUGACUUGCUAUCUUCUUCUAUCUAAGCCCAAGCGUUCUGGAACGCGGCGGAGGAAAUGGCGCGGGAAAAUUCCGGGAAGCUGAUCCGGCCGUCGCCGUCGGUAUCCGCCUCCCGGAUCAUCCCGGUGAGCUCCUCCGCCGUCAGCUUGUGGCCCAGCUUCGCCAUCGAGUGCGCCAGCUCCGCGGCCGUGAUGUACCCGUUCCCGUCCCGAUCGAACAUCCUGAACAGCUGCUUCAGCUGCUCCUCGCUGUACGCCGACUCCUCCUCCUCCGUCUGGAUCCCCGGCGCCACCAUCGCCAGGAACUCCGUGAACUCCACGAGGCCGUUGUUGUUCGUGUCGGCCCUCUGGAUCAGCGCCUUGAGCUCGUCUGAGCUCGGAUUCAGACCAAGUGACCGGAUCAAAGAUGCCAGCUCGAUCUGCGUCAGGCUGCCGUCCUUGUUCCGAUCGAAGGACCGGAAGAUUCCCCGGAGGUCGGCGAUCUGUGCCUCGUCCAGCUUCGGCCGGUUGCUCGUCAUGAUUUGGGUUCAACUGCCGGCGAGCGACGGCAAUUUCAGGGCGGAGAGGGAAAUUUUGGGGGAGCUGGCUGGCUGGAGGAGGAAAGAUCAGAGAAUUCAGAAGGAAGGAGUCAACGUUUUUCUUUUCUCUCGUUUUGGUCGUACUCUUUAACCGAAUGAAUGGGAUGUUUGGCGUGAUUGGCUCCACGACGACUCAGCUUACUUUGCCGGCUAGAAAU